AAAGUUGUGUGAGUGCACCACACCACAUUUUUAUUCUAGGUACAUUGGCUAUUACCAUAGAGAAAGUUAGGCUAUUGUUUCUCUAUGCUAUUACUCUUAUAGUAGCGUAGAGAAUCUCAAACUCAAUCAAUAUGAUAGGAUUGUAUUUUACAGCUGAAAAUAUUUUGCUCUUUAGGCCUAGGUCAAACUCAACUUGUUUACUUUGUAAAUUAAAUAAUAAUCUUAUUCAUUUAUUAUGGUUAUGAAAGUGAAUUCAAGUAGAUAAUUUAUCGAACUAACGUUUAUUACAAAAACAUUUUCAUAAGAAAAGAAUAUAAAAGCUAUAGUAACAACAUCGUCUGGAAGGUAAAAAUAUCAAAGGAUGGGAUGUGUUGGAAAUUUGAAAAAGAGAAAGAUUUUUAUUAUAAUGGUGUUUUUUGGUUUCGCAUUAAACUUUCUAUUUAGGCACGUGGUUCACAUGGCUUUACUUGUUUACACUUUUGAAAAUGACCAAGCAUCAAAAGCAUUAAACGAGAGAGCUAAAUUGCAAUUUUUCUAUGGUUAUUCCGCACUUCAGAUUCCUUGCGCCAGAUUGGCCGAAAUAUUUGGUGGGAAAACUAUAAGUGGGGUUGGAAUAUUGUUUGCGUCGUUAUUAUCGGUGAUCAUGCCAUUUGCAGUUCAAAUCGGAGGCUUUGAGAGUCUAAUAUUUAUUAACUUUUUUAUCGGAAUAUCUUUGGCAGGAUUCAUUCCCGCCAUUUUCAAUAUGGCGUCUAAGUGGAUUCCUGCUGAAGAGCGUGGCAACCUGGUGAUAGCUUUUGCUGCUACGCAACUGGGGCAGUCUUCUCUGGCAGUGUCGAUGCAGUUUCGAAACACCCUAUCCACAGAAGUAGUAUUCAUUAUACCUGCAAUUCUCGGAAUUUUUUGGACGCUCUGCUGGUAUAUUCUAGUAAGUGACAGCCCACUUACACACCCAACUAUUACCCGAGAGGAAAGAAAUUAUAUUGUUCGUAAGAAGGAAAGUCAAGGAACAAUCUACAACGUGAUUGAUUGCCCAUGGUUUGAAAUAUUGUUCGACUCGCAUGUUUGGGUAAUUUGCUCUGUUCAUACAUGUUAUUGGUUUUCAGCUAUUUUUCUCACUACAAAAGAGGAGAAUUUCUUAAAAGAAAGGUUCAAUUUGAGUCCUCUAGAAAAUCCUUUACCUAUUAUAUCGCCAUACUUCUUAGCGAGUAUCACUAUUUUUCUGUCUGGAAUACUCAUUGAUUUUUUGUACAGUAUUAAUGUACCGCUAACGUAUCUGCAGAAAAGUUGGACAUUGAUUUCCACGUUUAUUCCUGCUAUUGCGUUGGUGGGACUUAUUUCGUGCCAAGACAAUGUUCAAUUAACAUUGUUCUUCUAUGUGCUGGGAGUUACAUUCUCAUAUUGGGUGAUAGGUGGAUAUUACCUGAGUUUUUUGGAUAUUGCUCCAAACUUUGCUGCUACCCUGAAUGGAAUUGCGGCCACAAUUGCUAAUAUCGGAUUGAUAAUGAUACAAGAAGUGAUGCAUGGCCUGGAUUCAGGUGGUGUUGAUAAUCAGCAGAUUUGGGAAAAUAGACAUUCUUUUGUUAGUGCUCUCUUAUUUACUGCUGGAAUACUUUAUACAUUAUUCGGAAAUAGUCACUUUGUCGAUUGGAAUAUACCAUACAAAUAUGAGGAUGUUUAAUGUUUGAGAAAUUGAAACUAAUGUCUACUAUAUUUUGUAAAGUGCAUUUUUUGAAAAAAAUAUCUUCUGUCAUUUAUCUUUUUAUUUCGUCUUUGUAGUUUAAAAAACUAACAGUUUUAUCAAAAUUAAUAUUAAUGCUGUGCUUUAUACUGCAAUACCACAGUGGGCCCACCUUUUCUUUUCAGAAAUAGCUAGAAAAUGAAUAUAGUUUUCUUGAUAAUCCAGGUCAAAGAUAAUUUUUUAUUCUGUUACAGAAUAAUCAGUAAUUGUUACUAUGAUUGCAGAAUAAUUGACCGAACGGAGUGAGGUCUAAGAUUCAAGUCAACGGUUUGGCAUUUCUUACAAUGUUUAA